AUGCCUUUUGACAUCAGCAAAAUUGCGAGAUCCAACAUCCUCUCUUUGGAGCCAUACCGUUGUGCGAGAGAUGAUUUCAACGAAGGUAUCUUGUUGGACGCCAACGAGAACACCCACGGUCCCUCUUUUGUUGACAUGAGCGAAGCGGAAAGGCAAUUGGACUUGAACAGAUACCCUGAUCCACACCAGGGGGUUUUGAAGAGUCAGCUUUGCGCAUUCAGAAAUAGCGAACGUUCGGAUGUGGAGGAAUCCAAGAAAUUGCAGGUUGAAAACCUCUGCCUUGGUGUUGGUUCUGACGAGUCGAUCGAUGCGUUGAUGAGAGGCUUCGUCGAGCCUGGAAAGGAGAAGAUGAUGAUAUGUCCUCCAACAUACGGCAUGUACUCGAUCUGCGGUGUUGUCAACAACGUCGACAUUGUGAAAGUUCCGCUAGAGUUAGAGACUUUCAACAUUGUUCCUCAGAACAUCCUAUCUGCGUUGAAGACCGACAGCACAAUCAAGUUGGUGUACAUCACCUCUCCCGGAAACCCUACUGCGAAGAUGGUCGACGAGAAGCUGUUGCUGGAGUUGCUCCAGGGCGUCGAAGAGAACUCUCUGAACGUGCUGGUUGUUGUCGACGAGGCAUACGUCGACUUUGCGCCUGUUGGCAGCUCCAUCAGCACAUUGGUCAACGAGCACCCAAAUCUUGUUGUUCUACAGACCUUGUCGAAGGCGUUUGCGUUGGCUGGGAUCAGACUGGGGAUAACCUACGCCAACAGGGAGAUCUCCCGGCUGCUGAACGCAAUAAAGUACCCAUACAACAUCAGCAACUUGACCAGCGAUGUCGCCAUCAGAGCCACCAGGCCUGCGAGCUUGGCGGACGCGAGAGUGAAGAUCGGCAAGAUUGUCGAACAGAGAGGCCUUGUGUUGGACAAGCUCUUGAGUCUGAAGUACGUUGGGAGAAACCGUGGCGGGCUCGACUCGAACUUCAUUCUCAUUGAGAUCCUCAACAAGGACCUGCAGCCGGACAACGACGUUGCCAACAAGCUCUACCUCACGCUCGCCACGCAGAGGAAGAUCGUCGUCCGGUUUAGAGGCAAGGAGCUCGGGUGUACUGGGUGUCUCCGGCUCUCCAUCGGCACUGCUGCCGAGAACGCUGUUCUUGUGGAGCAGUUCGAGCAGGUCCUCACCCAGAUCGUGGAGGCCUAG